GGAAGGAGCACAAAACCCCUGGAACUUUAUCUGCUGCUGUGAGACUGUGAACGCUGCAGGCGUUGUCACCUGCAGCCCGUUACAUUUGUCCAUUUGGGGUCAUUCUGCAAAAAAAAUGGACGUGGAAAUGUAUUAAAGACCAUUUAUCAACCACUAGCUACACCAAACGGAGAACUGUCUGAACAUCAGAAGUCAGAUAUCAACUUUUUUUUCUUUACUAGAAGCAAAACAAACAAACCAAAUCUGUGGGUAGCAGCAACUGACGGCUGAAUUACUAAAUUCAUGACAACUCAAUCAGCAAAAGAAAUUUCCUUCUUGAUUGUGGUUUUGUGGACAAACACAAGAAAGACAUUGAGCCAGUGAAGGCUGCAUCUGGCUUUACUGUAUAAAAAAUAGCACAGGAAACUUCUGUAAAGCAACACUAACUGGCUGCUUCGAAGCUCUGAAUACAAAUCAGUCUGUGGAAUAACCUUUCCAGAGCGAAAUGUUAUUCCUCGCAUGCACCUAACAGCAGGAAGCGCCCACAUACACAGUCCCCCUACACGUCACUGCAGAGUUAUGAUCUUCAAGAUAAAGGGCAGACCCUUUUCUCCGAGAGAAAAAUAAUCUCCGUGCUGGAGAUACGGAUGCAGACGAAAAGCAUGUUUUGGUGACCAAAAUAGCAGAGGAGGAAGAGCAAAGUCUGGGAAAGGAAGAAAAAAAAGGAGUACUAGAGAGAUGUAAAUAGCGAAGCCUGGACUGAUUCUCACCCGUCUUUGCCAGAUUUUGAACAGAGCACAGCAAACUUGUGCAAUUUUCGUGGCAGUUAUCCACGGGACCUCAUCCAAGACACAUUGGAGCUGACCCGGCUGGGAGGUCCUGCUAGACAGAGACUAAUACUUCAUGAAGACCAAAGUGAGAGCACACUUCUUCCAUCAAAUUUCAGUUGACUACAAAACAACAUUUGGAGGCAUUGUCGCUGAGAGGGGAGCCAUGGCCGGAAGGAGCAAACUGGAAAGCUGAGCCACUUCUUUCCUUGUCCGCCCUUUGGUUUGGGUUCUUGUGUUCGUAAACUUUCUUCACUGCCUGCCAGUGAGGAGUAAACGUUCCCAUCUUCCAGCUGGAUCAGUGGCUUCGUCUUAUCAGGAGAGAAGAUUGACCUGACUGGAACUAAACCGUCCCAUUUCCCACUGCUGCGGGUGUUUUUGUUUCUGCUGCAGCAGGAGCAUUUUAACUGUGGGUAGCGAUGGAGAUGAAGAAGGGACAUGCAUCGAUCAAGAGAGGGGUGAGCUGGAGUCCAGGAGGACAGAGGAAACCUAUCCAGGCAACGGAAGACAUGCACACUCCCGGGACAGAGUGCGAUGCAUUAUGGGAGAAGACAGGUUUCAACAACGAACAUGUGAGCCGGAAAACAAAUUUGACCCGCAGCGCCAGUUUAUCAGAGAAGGAGCUCAAAGAGGCUCGAGUCAGAAGCCAAAUCAUCGCCGCCCAGCUCACCGUGCCUUCCAACUACAGCUCCAGGGGCGUGCAGCUCUUCAACCGCCGCAAGCAGAGGGUCAACGCCUUCACACUCGAAAGCUGCGGAGAGGGCUCAGAGCAGGACAGAUCAGAGAAUUUUAAAACUGCCCCCUCCAACAAAUUGACAUGGGCAGAGAGGAGCAGUGAGGAGCACGAUAGAGAUCUCAACCUGAAGAAUAGUGCCACCAAGCCUCUAUUCUCGUCACCUGUCAGUGUACCUGGAGUAGGUCACAUCAUGGAGGAGCCAUGUAAAGAUUUCCACAAAGAGGAGUUGGAGGAUACUUUUAUCCAGGAGAGACACUUCCUGCCUGUCAAAGAGGAACAGGAGGAAGAGGCGAGAGAUAAAAUCCAUGAGGACAAAGUCAUGGAGGAGAUUCCCCCAGGAAGUAAUAAUACUGAUCCAGUCAUGGUGGGGCAUAUAGAAGAGGAGGCAGAGAUAAAUGGGGGGCUUACAGGGCAGACUCCCCGCGGAACGUUUCUUAACGGCUGUCACGGUGCCUCUGGAUCAGACAGGGCGUUUGUGUCCACAUCCAAGCAGACAAGCACCAUCAUCAACAGAACUGCAAGGCCCUUUUUCUCCCCGCCAACGGUGCAGUCUCCAGAAGCAGCCAGCCCUGUCAUGAACAUCCCCCCUCCUCCUUCCUACAACACUCCUCGUCUGCCAGCUUACACUGCUCCCCAACCCGUGGCCUUCUCACCUCCACCUCCGCCUCCAUCGUAUCCCACGCCUCCUCUACCGGCCUUCACAAACCAACCGCCGCAGGCCUACUACUCCAGUCCACCUCCGAUGUCUCCCGUGAUGUCGCCUUCUUCCCUUCCACCAUCUCAGUUCCCUGUUUCUUCUGUAUCUAACUACCCACCAAUGCCUCAUUACGGCCCACCCAAGGCCCCAAAGCCCUCCAAAUUUGUUCCUCAGCCCUCUGAAGAGAGGAGGCCAAUAACAAUGAUCAAAACAGGGAUACUUGAGGAGGGUGCGGCUAAGAGGGCAAGUAGGAAAUCAAUGUUCACAUUCAAAGAGAAGCAGGUUGUCGCGCCGAACCCAGAGCUGCUGUCUCUGGUGCAAGGGGCUGAUGACAGGAAGAAGCACGGACAUAGAUCUGUUCCAGAGCCAACAUCUGAGGAAGAGUUACUUGCUCUUGGUGCAGAGGCCUCCAACUUCCUCGCCAAGGAAGAAGAUAGGAAAGAUGAGGCUAAAGCACCAGAGUGGACCUCCUGCCUAAAGAGCUCCAGGACCCGACCGAGAGAAGAACACAGGCCAGAACAGACCCUCACAAAUGUCUCAGGAAAGGGGGCUGAGCUGUUUGCCAAGCGUCAGUCCAGGAUGGAGAAAUAUGUUGUUGAUAAUCAGAAAGCAGGUCAAAUGAGGUCCCCGUCUCCCACGAUGUCUCUGCCACCAUCUUGGGUUUACCCAUCAAACAUGCCUGGGAGAGUCAAGGCCAUUGCCAAAAACUCUGACAUGAGCACUCAGCUUUCACAAAACCUAAAGGCCCAACAGGAAAUCAAGCAGAAACCGAGGCAAAAAGCUCCAGCACCACAGCCGGUUCCGGAGCCGUUAGAGAAUGGAUGCUCCAAGCUAGAGAUGGACCUAUCAAGGCACCGGCCCUACCAGAUUAACUCGUCCCUCUUCACCUUUAACCCUGUUAAAGACCCAAUUAGCACGCUACCCAGAGGAGCACCACAGGCCAAGAACAUGAUCUCCACCCAGACCUUCUCAAGACAGACUUCCUUGCCCCACAACCCUCCCUCUCACAUCCAUACCCAUUGCAUGUCUCCUCAGCUGCCUCUCAGUCCCCCAGGUGGAGUCGAAUAUCGGUCUAAUCCUCCAGCUCCUGGGCAGCCAAGGAUCAAUUCUCCUAUGCCUGCCUUUUCUCCAGAGCGAGUGUCCACCCCCCGGUCGGGAGUCCAGGCACCGAGACCAACGUUUUCUGCCAAGAGGGCAGGGAUUGCACCACAGACGCCAAAGGACUCAACCCCAGUUGAAACCUCAAGUGAUACCACCACACCAACCAGGACACCCGGUCUCACCAGACGUUUCAGCAGCCCAGAGGGUCCCGCCUCAGGACCCUGGACGUCAGGCCUCCAAGUGACACGCUCCUCCACCACCGCCUCCAGCUCCGACCGCUCAUUCACUUCCCCUGUAUCCACUCCCAGGGGUUCUAGAUGCCAGUCUCCUAUGACCAGUCAGAAUAUCCAGUUUUCCACUGUUAACUCAACCACAACAGUCAGACCCUCGCAGAUAUCUACAGCCAUCUCCCCACGCUCACCUCCUUGGGGGUCGAGAUGUCAGUCCCCGAUGGUAAGCCAGAAUACUUCCACUGUCGUCUCAUCCAGACCCUCCCAAACACCUACCGUCGCAUCUCCCAUCUCAGCUCCUUGGGGCUCGAGAUGCCAGUCGCCAAUGGUAAACCAGAAUACUUCCACUGCUGUCUCACCCAGACCCUCCCAAACAAUCACAGCCACAUCUCCCAUCUCUCCUCCCUGGGGUUCGAGAUGUCAGUCGCCCAUGGUAAGCCAGGUUACUUCUGCUGUUGUCUCACCAAGACCCUCCCAAAUAAUCACAUCUCCCAUCUCUCCUCCCUGGGGUUCACGUUCCCAGUCUCCAGCUCCCUCGCACAACAGUUUAUCCUUCACCUCCACCAAACCUCUGUACACAUCCUCUGCCGCUUCCCCUGUUCCCCCAACCAAAGACAGUCGCUGCAUGUCACCUAUUGUUAAUAACUUAGACUCAAAGGCCAACCAUCGCCUUCUGGCAAAGAACAUCAUCAACGCAGCCAAACGUAAAAACAGUCCAUCCCCUGGUGCACUGAGCGGUCACAGCCUCCCUAUCUCACCGCUGGGAAGUUCGCACCAUGGCUAUGACUGUCAAAAACCGCCCACAAGCCCCUUCCAGUCGCGGGCACUGGGGGCCCGGUCCCCGCCCUUCACCAGCCCUCCACCCACUCCGACACAGAGGAUCUGCUCCCCUGUGAGGCUUUACAACACUCGCUCCCUCACCGACUCGGACGCCUCUGUUGAGUCUGAGGACUCGGGCCUCCGGUCGCCCGGACACUCCUACAACACCUGUCCCCGCGGCUGGGGCGGCAGCCUGAGGGUGAAGAGGAGCAACGUCUCCACUGACCUGUGAGGGAGUUUACAGGAUGUCCAUUAAAGCAUAACCACACUUUCCGCAGACUUUCUUGCCAUUUGAUCAGCCAUUAAAAAAGAUUUUCUGAUGAAGUUUCAUCCAAGUUACUUUUUUGCAGCUUUUAUUGCCGGUCCUGGACUAUGAUUAAUGUAUUGAGGUAGUUUUAGUAUUUUAUGUGACUCACAUUCAUAUUCCGGAGUGACAAGAACAAGCUUUCUACAUAUCACAGUUGAUGUGGCUUGUAUGCUUCUAUACAUACCAAAAAAAAGACUCAAAAUAACCACAGAUUUGAAUUCACUCUAAAUGACAGUUACACUUUUUUAAAUCUUCACCACACUUUGACAGUGUCUGACUAUUAUAGUUGAAUAAUGUCAAAGUAGAGGGCUAUUGUUUUGAAUAUUAUUAAUGAAUUAUCAUUAUCAUUAUAUUUACUGGUCUUGCACAGGGAGAAGUGGAGGGAGGUUUUAACUUUUAAGGCAAAGAAGGGACACGCAAAGUCAAAGUGAUGUUGAUACAUGUCUUAAUCAACUAUACAGUACUUUGGUUGAGGCACUCUCCUUGUUCUGUAUUAAUAAAGGAUCAUAUUCAACAAUCCAGUAAAAUCCUGAUGAAUAUCGAUAUAGAUGAUACUAGAUUAAAUGAGAUUCCUUAAUUUUUCCUUGACAAAAUCACAGGGGUCUUUAGGUAGGACACAUGGCAUUCACAUUAACAUACAUGUUUAAAGUAUUCACUGCAGUUUAUUAUUCAUUUUUAAUCAAUGGAAAGUUAAAAAUAUGCAUAACUAUCACAGUGCAAUAAUCAAUUUAACAAAGUGUAUAUUAUGUUGCUUUAUGUGCUGCAUUUGCUGAAAUGAAUGUACGGGUUACAGGCAGGUUGACAGAGAAUGGUAGAAUGAAGGUGGUGUUGAGCAUGAAGAGUUAUGUGGUUAGAUGGGACAAAGACACGUCACUGUGGCCAUGUUUGAGGGAAAAAAAGAUUUCAAGGGGUUAUUUGCAAUCGUUAAGGAUGAUGAUUGUCAAAUGUUAGCCGAAGACUUGUGCAAAACGAAUGGCAUAUUGAUUGUAAAAAUAAUUUUGGAGAUUGAUGUAUGUAUCCCUAUUUUGUUGAUUUUACUGAUCACAACUUUUCAUAUCAGUGAUGUUGUUCACGAGGGAAAAAACAUGUAAGUUGUAAGAAUGUUGUAUGUCGUAUGGAAUAUUAAUCCCAGUGUUUGUGAGAAAAGGAUCGGAGGAAUGACUUGUACUUUAAACACAUUUAAAUACAUAGUUUCUUUUUAUACUUGAUUUGCACUUCUGUUCAUUCCAUUCCAGCAGCCAUCUUUGCAUUGUUUCGAACCGGAUUUGCUCAAAGCAGUGUCGUUCACAAUAAGACCAGCAAAUAAAUAUCCUUCCGCUAAAAAAUAAGAACAUUCGUGCACUAUGCAACGUGGUGUUAGAGUAACAGCUGUAAACAUGGCCGCAGCGUUCAGAUCACAGCUAGUUCCUUGUUUCAAAAGUGGGGAGAAACGAAACCUAUCUUAGCCAGUCCGGUACCAGCACACACAACAGAUCAUUCUUUCAUUCCCUGACAUGCGGGGGCCAAGAGCAUCAGCACAUUUCUAAAUAUUUACUUCAGUGUGUGUUUUGAGUGGCAGGGACACCUGCUCCAUGUUGACCUGGCUCCUUCAGCACGAUGGAGACACUGUCAUGGAUUGAUUACAAUCUGGUUCACCUCUGCAGUUUUUGCAAGCUUUUCCUUUGGCUCUGUGAUUGCAUUCCUGAAUUCUAUCAACACAGCUCAUGUUGAAUUUCAUUUACUGUAUCGUUUCUGAAAUAAGAAUACAAAAUAAAAAGCGAUGACACACCAA